GGCGAGGCAGAGGGCCAGACCCUUGGUUUCAAAGGGAAGGUAGUUUGGGUCAUAUCCUCUCCACAUCACUCGGUCACUAACUCCCUUCUCCACUCUGUCCCUUUAAGAACCUAAGUGCUGUUGCUAGGUUCCCAGGAUCCCCGGGGAGGGGGUCAGGUGCGUCACUGUGCACCUCUGGGACCCUAGCUCCUGCUGCCCCACCCAGAGUCAUUCUGCAACACUGACAGGUCUUUGCAUCUAGCUCUGCUCACCUGCUGUUAUCUUGGACACCGUUGAGCAGCUACAGGCAUCUCCCAGAGCUAUGAAAUCUUUCAACCCGAUCCUCCUCCUCCUCGUCUUCCUCCUGGCCCAGCUGGGUUCCAAGGCCGCCCCCUCAGCCUCUCCACCUCUUGACUCUGACUCUAAGGGGAUGGACCAUCCCUCUGAGACCUCCCCUGGUGCUUCUGAAAACUCCACUAAAGAUGGGCCUCACCCAGAAUUCCCUGGGACUGUUUAUCCCGAGCCCUCUGAGACCCCUAAUACGCUUUCUCCUGAGACCUCCCCCUUCCACGUCCCUGAGACGCUCAAUCUUCACCUCCAAGAAACUUCAUACCCCAAGUCCCCUGAGACCCCUAAGCCAGAAUUACACACAACCUCAGUGUCAGCUCCCCUGGAUACCCCCAAAACUAACCCCUUCAAAGUGACAGAAACUUCUGAGACUCCCAAACCUGACCCGACUGGAAAUCCACACCCAGGAUCCCCUGAGACCCCCAAACCUAAUUUCUCAGAAACUUCACACCCAGGAUUUCCUGAGAUCGCAAACACUGACCCUAUACAGACUACACACCAAGAAUUCCCAGAGGAUCCUCAACUCAACACCACUGAAGUCUCACAUGCGAAAACCCCUGAGGCCCCAAAUCCUGACGCCACCAAGGCCCUUGAUCCCAAAUCUCUAGAAACCCAGGACACGGAUACCACUGAGAUCCCAAAGUCUGAAUUCCCUGAAACAAGCCAUCCUGACCCUACUGAAAGCCCCCAUCCACAGUCCCUUGUGCUCUACGCCAGCCCUACUGACAUUCCUCGAACACAGUCCCCCCCCACCCACUACCAAGAGGCGACGGAGAUCCCCGUGACCUCUGCGCCUGAAACCCCCACUAGUCUUCACCCAGAAACGCUUAUGGCCCUCCAGGAUGAAGUCACUGCCUUAAAUGGACUGCACCUGAACCCCCCAGCAGAGACCCAUACAGCCCCACAGCCCGACCUCUCUAAACUGCCCACCUCAGACUCUCCAGGGACCAGUGAGCUGAAGGCCCCUCAGGACUCUGGCCCUAAAGGGCCGGACACUCCUCCUCCCUCAGCCCGGAUCGCAGGUCCCCCAGUUUCUCAAGAGCUCCCCAAUCAGCAGGCCCCUGCAACACCCCGACCUCAGAGACGCAGCCGAGGUGACAGAGUCAACACUAUCAUUGUGGUGGAGCGAGUGAAAGAGACCGGCGUGACUCUGGUGGGACGCCCACGUGGCGCGACAGGAGGGGCCCUGUGCCUGUUCUUUGCCGGGACGGGGCUGCUGAUCGGCAUCUUCCUGCUGCUGUGGUGUCUCUACCGCCGGGCGGCCCAACAGCGGCCCUUCGCACACCACCGGCUCCCCGACGGCGGGGAUGAGCCAGUUUUGCAUUUGGACACCCCAAAGGACCCCUACGACCUCUACUUUUAUGCGCCGGAUGCCUGGGUCCCUUCACACAUCGCCACCAAGCAGCCCCCUCCCACACCCCCACUACCACCCAAGCUGCCCCCGCCCCCACGCGGGGGCCGGCCCCAGCGCCUGGAGUCGCUGUCCCCGGCCACGCUCCCCAACAACUUCGUGUGAACCCCUUCCGGGCCCUCUGGGACCCGUGCGUUGCUAAGGGGAGGGAGAACCCAGAGGUCCUGUCCUCCUGGAAGGCUUGGCUGCUUAGUGGACUCCCCAUAGAGGAUCCGAGAAACAGAAACCGCUUUCGCUGAUCUGAGAAUUGAGCUGAGGCCGAAUAAACCAGGUGUUCCCACAG